CCUUCCCCAAAAGCAAGCUUUUAAAGGGAAGGCUCUCUUCACUGAAUAGUUGCCACAGUAUAAUGUGGGGCUUUUGGCUGCUCCUCUUCUGGGGCUUCAGUGGAACGCACAGAUGGGGGAUGACCACACUUGCCAUCCUGGGACAAAGACUUAACGGUGUGAAUGAAUGUCAAGACACUACCACUUGUCCAGCUUAUGCCACCUGCACUGACACCACGGAGAGUUAUUACUGUACCUGUAAACAAGGUUUUCUGCCCAGCAAUGGACAAACCAACUUUCAGGGCCCAGGAGUGGAAUGUCAAGAUGUUAAUGAAUGUCUUAGAAGCGACUCGCCUUGUGGUUCUAACUCAGUCUGCACCAAUAUCCCAGGACGAGCCAGGUGCAGUUGUCUUAGUGGCUUCUCUUCUUCCGCUGGUGGAAGUUGGAUCCUGGGAAGUCCGGGUCAUUUUCUCUGCACAGAUGUUGACGAGUGUCUGACAAUUGGGAUCUGCCCUAAGAAUUCUAACUGCUCUAACUCUGUGGGGAGCUACAGCUGCACCUGCCAAUCAGGCUUUGUCUCGAAUGGCUCCACUUGUGAAGAUGAAGAUGAAUGUGUGACUCGUAAUGCUUGCCCAGAGCAUGCAACCUGCCACAACACUCUUGGAAGCUAUUAUUGUACAUGCAACGAAGGACUUGAAUUUAGUGGAGGAGGACCAAUGUUCCAGGGCCUGGAAGAAUCUUGUGAAGAUGUGGAUGAGUGCUCCAGGAAUUCAACGCUUUGUGGUCCCUCCUUCAUUUGCAUCAACACGCUGGGAUCCUACAGCUGUUCUUGCCCAGCUGGAUUCUCUUUGUCAACUUUUCAGAUCCCUGGUCAUCCAGCAGAUGGGAAUUGUACAGAUAUAGAUGAGUGUGAUGACAUAUGCCCUUCCAACUCAUCAUGUACCAACACCCUUGGGAGCUACUUCUGCACUUGCCACCCUGGCUUUGCCUCAAGCAAUGGACAGCUGAAUUUCACAGACCAAGAAGUGACAUGUGAAGAUAUUGAUGAGUGCACUCAAGAUCCAUUUCGAUGUGGACGAAAUUCUUCCUGCACCAAUGUACCAGGUUCCUACAACUGCAGCUGUCUUCCCGACUUUCGAAUGGAUCCAGGAGGCUCCCAAGCACAUGGAAACUUCACAUGCAAAAGGAUUCCCUUCAAGUGUAAGGAAGACUUGAUACCCAAAAGUGAGCAGAUAGAGCAGUGCCAAGCAGGGCAAGGCCGGAAUCUUGAUUAUACUUCCUUCUGCACAUUUGUGAAUGCCACCUUUACCAUCCUGGAUAACACCUGUGAAAACAAAAGUGCUCCAGUGUCCUUACAGAGUGCAGCUACAAGUGUCUCCCUCAUGCUGGAGCAAGCAUCGACCUGGUUUGAGUUCAGCAGGGAAGAGACAUCUACUCUGGGCACUAUCUUGCUGGAGACUGUGGAAAGCACCAUGUUGGCUGCUCUUCUGACACCCUCUGGGAAUGCCAGUCAGACCAUUCGGACGGAGUACUUGGAAAUUGAAAGCAAAGUCAUCAAUGAAGAAUGCAAUGAGGAGAAUGUGUCCAUUAACUUGAAAGCCAGAGGGGACAAGAUGGAUGUUGGCUGUUUCAUAAUCAAAGAAUCAGAAUCUACAGGGACCCCAGGAGUGGCUUUUGUCUCCUUUGCACACAUGGACUCAGUUUUAGAUGAGCGCUUCUUUGAAGAUGGUCAGGCCUCCUGGAAACUGAGGAUGAAUUCCCAUGUUGUUGGUGGCACUGUAACCGGGGAGAGGAAGGAGGACUUCUCCAAGCCUAUCGUCUAUACCCUCCAGCACAUCCAGCCAAAGCAGAAGUCUGAGAGGUCUAUAUGUGUCUCCUGGAACACCGAUGUGGAGGAUGGGAGAUGGACACCCUCGGGCUGUGAGACUGUAGAAGCAUCUGAGACACACACAGUCUGCAGCUGUAACCGGAUGACAAAUUUGGCCAUCAUCAUGGCUUCUGGGGAGCUUACAAUGGAAUUUUCCUUGUAUAUCAUCAGCUAUGUGGGUACAGUCAUCUCUCUGGUAUGUCUCGCCUUGGCCAUAGCCACCUUCCUGUUGUUUCGUGCAGUUCAGAACCACAACACCUACCUGCACCUGCACCUUUGUGUGUGUCUCUUCUUGGCCAAGAUUCUCUUCCUCACCGGUAUAGACAAGACUGACAACCAGACCUAGGCAGAGACAUGGCCAUGGAUGAAGACAAGACAGCCACUGAAGGAAGAUACAGUGAGCAGAAAAGUGAUCUUCAAGGAAGCUUCAGCAUUCGGUCGACAGGCUAAGAGGGAAUAGAUAUUAAUAGAAGGGGAAAUAAAGGCUAUGAAGAGGGUAUCUACGGGAGCAAUGUGACUGAGGUGGUUGAUGGAAAGGAUAUCAAGGGGGCAGUGGCCAAUGGUAUCCAGGGGAGCUGAGAAACCCAUCAAGGUACCUGGUGGAGUGCUUAUCUUGUUAGCUUGAUGGGAUUUGGAGUCACUUAGGAGAUAUGCCUCUGGUAUGUCUUCGAGAACACUUCGAGAGAGGUUUAAGUGAGGAGGUGAAAGCCUAUCUGGAAAAUGAGCAAUGCCAUCACAUCAGCUGUGGCGCUGAACAAAAUAGAAGCAGGUGGAGGACCAGCAUUGGCUUUGUCAGGUUUCUCCUUACAAGAGCAGCAUGAGUAGCUGCCUCUUAUUUCCAUCACCACACUGUAGUGGCCUGAAUGAGAAUGUCCCCCAAAGGCUCAGGUGUUUAAACACAUAGUCUCCAGUUGGUGGUGUUGCUUUGAGAGGGUUAGGAGGUACAACCUUGGUGCAGGAAGUAUGCCACUGGGGUGGGCUGUGCUUCCGAUUUGCUUUUUCUGCUCAGUGUUUACAUUUGAAGAUGUGAACUCUCAGCUUCCUGUAUCUGCCACCAAGCCUGCUACCUGCUGCAUUGCAUUUUUGCCACAGUGACUCUUAUCCUGUAAGCCCAAAGAAUCUCUUCCUUCUAUCAGUUUCCUUGGUCAUCGUGUUUUAUCACAGCCACAGAAAAUUACUUACACACAUGCCUUCUUUGUUAUGGUGGGCCAUAUCCUUAAAUUAUGAGCCCAAAUAAACCUCUCCUUCCUUAAACCACUCCUGUCAGUGAUUUUUGCAACAGUGAGACAAACUGAAUAAAUAGUCAUGGAUUGGCAGCCACUCCUGCCCCUGCCUUUUAAAUUGGCUUCACCAUUUUCUCAGCAGCCUAUUGGUCAUCGACCUCAGCAAAAAGCUAGUCCCCUUCCCCCACCAGGAGUCUUAAGGGUGAUGAAGUACCAAGGUCAAAGUGGAAUGGACUGAAGAAUGACUGUGAGGUAAGAGAACUAACAUGAAGGAUGUCUUCCAGCCAUGUAGGCCAAGUUCCUGGAUGGGCUGAAGUUAGCACAAAGGGACAUGGUAACUUUACAAGAACCCCAAUUUAAAGUUCAGAAGUAGUUAGGUUUUUUGAGUCUAGGUUUGUCUUACUUAUUUUUCUCUGCCAUUUUCUCCCCUUCUGGAAUAUGACAUUGAUUAGAAUGUGAGUGUUUGAGGUGUUGACAAGGGAACAAGGGGCUGGAGUUUCCAGAACAAACAUUGAGUUAAUUCUACUGCUACAUCUGAACAAUGUGGAUAAAUUAGAAAAACAUGGCACAGACCACACACAAUGCUUGAAUGGUCCCCCACUGAUGUAAGGAUUAAUAAGUCCCUUAGUCCCUUUUGUUAAGUAUUCACUACCAUCCUCCAUCAGUGUAACAGCUAUUCUUUAAGGAACACCAACUUUGUCAUCCCUCCUAGGACAUGAUGUCUCUCAACUCUGUGGAUGGAAAGGCAUGAGGGGAGGGGCCUAGGGAGCUCAUUGGCUUUAGGCAUGCUUGUCUGGAUUGGCAACAACUUUUGCCUUGUCUUUCAUGGUUUCUGUAGAUUGCCUCUGCCGCUCAGGCACCUAAAAUCUUGCUCUCUGAGGCGCUGCAUAACAUGAAGCUUCCUUCCAGAAUGUUCUUUAGAGAGAACCCCAAGAACUGGCAUUUAUGUUAAUUCAAAGAAAGCAUAUAUGAAUAGCCUACCCACUCAGUUCUGUUCUUGCAACAGAACACUCAUUUACAACAUGUCAAUGUCAGCAAUGUCUUUUUCUAUUGGAUGGUUUUAGCUCCUCUGUCAAAGAUCAAGGGACCAUAGGUGUGUAGGUUCAUUUCUGGGUCUUUGAUUCUAUUCCACUGAUCUACCUGCCUGUCUCUGUACCAAUACCAUACAGUUUUUUAUCACAAUUUCUCUGUAAUACAGCUUGAGGUCAGGGAUAGUGAUUUCCCAGAAAUUCUUUUAUUGUUGAGAAUAGUUUUCCCUAUCCUGAAAUUUUUGCUUUUCCAAAUUAAUUUUCAAAUUGCUCCUUCUAAUUCCAUCAAGAAUUGUGAUGGGGAUUGCAUUGAAACUGUAGAUUGCUUUCGAUAAGAUGACCAUUUUUACUGUAUUAAUCCUGUCAAUCCAUGAGCAUGGGAGAUCUUUCUAUCUUCUGAUAUCUUCUUUGAUUUCUUUCUUCAGAGACUUGAAGUUCUUGUCAUCCAGAUAUUUCACUUGCUUGGAUAGAGUCACACCAAGAUAUUUUAUUUUAUUUGUGGAUAUUGUGAAGGGUGUUGUUUUUUCUAAUUGUUUUCUCAGCCUGUAUAUCCUUUGUGUAGAGAAAGGCUACUAUUUGGGUUAGUUUUAUAUCCAGACACUUUGCUGAAGUUGUUUAUCAGCUGUAUGAAUUCUCUGGUGGAAUUUUUGGUGUCACUUAAGUAUACUAUCAUAUCAUCUGCAAACAGUGAUAUGUUGACUUCUUCCUUUCCAAUUUGUAUCCCUUUGACAUCUUUUUGUUGUCUAAUUGCCCUGGCUAGGAAUUCAAGUACUGUAUUGAAUAGGUAGGGAGAGUUGGGCAGCCUUGUCUAGUCCCUGAUUUUAGUGGAAAUUGCUUCAAGUUUCCUUCCAUUUAGUUUGAUAUUGGCUACUGGUUUGCUGUAUAUUGCUUUUACUAUGUUAAGAUAUGGGCCCUGAAUUCCUGAUCUUUCCAAGAGUUUGAAUUCAAGGGAUAUUGAAUUUUGUCAGAUGCUUGCUCAUCAUCUAAUGAAAUGAUCAGGUGAUUUUUUCCUUGAGUUUGUUUAUAUAGUGGAUUAAAUUGAUGGAUUUCUAUAUAUUGAGCCAUCUCUGUAUCCCUGGGAUGAAGCCCAGGAUCAUGAUGGAUGAUGGUUUUAAUGUUGUUGUGGUAAAAAAGAAAAAUGUCAUGACCAGUUUUCACACAUACAGGUCUGUGCUUUCUCUCCUGAACAUACAGCUUUCCUUCCCAGCUCUCUCUUUGACCCAGGCAGUCUGCAUGCCAUUCCAGUGUGGCCCCUUGCCACACUGUUUUGCUUUAACUCAUAGUUCCCUUGGGUUGUUACCUCACCAAUUCCGUAACGGGCUUGGUGCACCCCACCACCACAAAUUCUCUUGAACGCAAUUAAGUCGCCACAUGAAAAAAAAUCACACAAUAACCUCUGAUCCAAUUGAUAAUAUAUAAUUUGCCCAUCUAGACAGCACAAGAUCCUAUACACAUCCAUCCCUUAUAAAUAGUCAUAGGACCUGUAUCUAUGCACAGAGAAGAUUCUUAACAUCUGCUGCUAUGUUCUCCCAGCUCCUUCUCCUUGCUCCUUCUCCUUCUCUCCUGUAUCUCCCUUCCUUCUAAAACCUCUGUUCCUGCCUCCCUUCUCAUCCAAUGACAGGCCUCGUUUUAUCUUAUCUGCCUUUACCUGCAUAAUGGCAUCAACCUACACUUCACCCUUCUGGUCUAAUUAAAAAAAAAUUCUCUCUCAAAUGUAAGCUGAGCACAACUAUUAUAAUUUUGUAAUAAUUAACACCCAGUCCAACAUUUUAUCAGUUAAACAGAAUAUUUAGUUAUCUAUUCCAACUUAAGAAAGGCUUAAAAUCCAUGUUAUAUCCUGGAUAUCUUGUAUACUAUGUGAUAACUAUCUAAUUAAAUAUGUAUUCUCAAGGUUAAACAGCCUUGAUGGGCUAUGAGACUAUAACUAGUUUCAACCCCAUCAGAAAUCAGAGACAACCAAUAUAUCUGUAAAUAUAGGAAGCCUAACAUGACUCCCAGAACUGAGAAAGGUGAGACAUUUUUUUACUUGCACAGUUACCUGUUAGUGACAUAUGAGAGCAGGUCUUCAGCCUUUUGGCCUAGGAUCAUCUGACAGAUUUUUUAAGUGCAGAAUUUCAAAGGGCUGGUCCUUCUGGCUCAGCAGAAAUUAUCAAUUCACUAUUCUGCAAUGUGUCUUUUUCUGGACAGUAUUUAGUCUGUAGAAUAAUCAGGCAAUUUCUGUCCAGUUACUACCCAGUCACAAUGGAGGUGGAUAUAUUCAAUUUCUUCUUUGAAUCCACCAAAGGGGAUAACAUUAAAUGUCAUAUUUUUGGAUUUCUGCCAUUUUUGAAAACAAUUUAUCUAUAUAAAGAAAUCUGGACUGUUGUCCAUUAACCACUCUCAGCUAUUUCUGAUGAGAAUACUUUGAAAACACCUUAACAGUAAACUAUCAGCCAUGAGUUUUUUAUUUAGUCCUUAAUUCCUAUGCUUAAUCAUCUCAGAUUAGUUUACAAUGGCAUUAAGAGAAGGAUUGGGUCCAAACCUUGUACUUUUAAAUUUUUGGUAACAAUAAAGGGAAUUUAUGCCAAUGAAAGCCUUAACUUGUAUCAAAUAAAUUCUAUACCAAUAUAAAGAUUAUAACUUUAGCUUAGUAACAAAUACAAGGAUUUUUACCAAAUGAGAUUAUGGCUAUACAAUCAAUUCUAGCUAAUUCCUUUCUGUUAAAUUAUGACCAUUUUUAAAUUCUUUAGAAAGACAACCUUAGAAUAACCACUUUUAGCCUCUCAAAGUUUAGGGAAUCUGGGCAAUGACUCUUCAAUAACUUCUUCAAGCUGUAUGUGGGCAUUGAGAUAUCCUUGUGGGGAGAGGGUAUGGAAAAUGGAGGAAUAAUUGUUGUAGCCUGAUGUCUGUCUUGACUGGACUCAGGGGAAAGUCCUUGAGAUCAGGAAUCCAAGCAGCCAGGUCAGCAUUCGGAUGAUGAGCUUUACAAAGCUGUACAUUCUCUAAGAUAUAAAUCUCAAAACAAAAUUUUAGUAUCACGAUAUCUUUUUGUUUGAGUGUCUUGAAUUUAAUUUUUCAGUAGGUCUAACUUUGUCAAAUCUAAUCAAUAUAACUGGAUUGAUAUGAUUGGAUUGAAUGGAAGAUGUCCAAAGCCUAAUCACCAUUUUUAAAAACACAAAGACAAAAAAUGUUUCUUCCAAAAUAUUGUGUUCUUUAGUCUGUAGCCAGAAAAGCUUGUAUCUUGUACUCUGUCCCAGAGAAAUAAUGUAACCACAAGAUUAAAAAUCAUGCCCAUUGUGAAAAUUAAAGCAAUAUAAAACAGAGAAGUAAGCUAAACAAUACCGUAUGAGCCUGUUUAGGCUUCUCUAAUCUGUCAUGCUAGGAAAUUAACCCAGAAUUCCCAUGGAGCCUGUGUUAAGAGAAUAUGAACCUUCUGUUUUGGUAAACAUAAAAAAUAACUACAAAUCCUCACUAGCUAGCAUUGAUGAGCCAUAUGGCAUAGCGAGGUAAUUCAUAAAACAAUUUAAUCACUUUUUUAUUAAUACCAAUAACAAUACAAAGUAAGCAACUUGUCAAACUAAGACUUUAGACCAAAAUAUUACCAUGUUAAAAUAUUACAGAUGUUAAGCUCUCUGCCUGGAGCAUCAAACUUUUAUUUAUUAAUAUCUUCUAUAAUAUAUAUCUGUAUUCACUCUGUCUGGUGUACAGACUUCCAUUUUAUAAUAACUUUUAUGAUUUGCAAAUAUCACCACUCUCUACUUGGAGUCAGUGACUAAUCUUCCCUAUCUAAGUUCUGAACUGCAGGUGAAAAUCCCCAUGUGAUUCGGAUAAACUCUGUACUCUCUCCUUCCAACUAUAAAAACAAAUUUAACCACAUUUCCAUUAAUACAUGUCAUUAAGAAGCAGGCAACUUGUCAAACCAGGAUUUUAGCUUAAAAUUCCUGUGGAGCCCACAUUAGAGAGAAUCUGAGUAUCCUGUAGACCAAAAUAUUACCAUCUAUCUGUUAAGCUCUCUACCUGGAGUGUCAUACUUUUAUUAAUAACUUCUAUGGCAUAUGUCUGUAUUCACUCUGCCUGGUGUUACAGACUUUAAUUUAUUUCCACCUAGUUCUGAAUCAUGGAUGAAAUUCCCCAUGUGAUUCAGACAAAGUCUGUAUAUAAGUAUUCUAAAAGCAAAUAAACCAGGCUUUUAAAUAAACCAUACUCUAAUCAACACCGGCUAAGGAAGCAGGCAUCUUCCAUUUAUUUAGCUCUCUGUGGCUAGGAGCAGCCUGCACUUUCCACAGCAGGGGACCUGAGCCUGCUAGCAGACUGCCUCUGUUUCUUUUGUUUAAGAUUCCUGAGCUAGCAACAUCAUGUGACUCAACAUGGCACUGGACCCUUCUUAGAAAAUAAAACACUUUCAGGCUGAAAAACUUCAAUUUUUCAUGGAUUCUUGCCUCACGUUUGGUGCCACUUAUGGUAAAAAAAAAAGAAAAAAACUGUGAAACUGGUUUCCAUGUAUAUUGCUCAGCACUUUGUCUCCCCUUGACUUUCUCUCUGACCUGGGCGGUCUGCGUACUAUUCCAGUGUGGCACCUUGCCAUGCUGUUUUGAUUUCACUCACAGUUCCCUUGGCAGGUAUACACCAGGCAUACACAUCUCAACUCUAUGGCAAGUUUGGUGGGUUCCGCCACCACAACUUUUAACUCAAUUAAGUCACCACAUGAAAGAACACACCACACAAUAACCUCUGAUCCAUUUGAUAAUAUAUAAUUUGCCCAUCUAGACAGCACAAAAUCAUGUACAUACCUAUCCCUUAUAAAUAGUCAUGAAAACUUGUAUCUAUGUGCAGAGAAGAAUCUUAACGUCUGCCGCCAUGUUCUCCCAGCUCCUGGCCCUCGCUCUGGCUCCUCCUCUUCUGCUUCUCCCUUCCUUCUAAAACCUCUGUUCCUGCCUCCUUUCCUUCUCAUCCAAUGACAGGCCUCAUUUUAGCUUGUCUGCCUUCACCUGCAUAAUGACAUCAACCUAUACUUAUUUGUUCUUGGAUUUGGUUGCGUGUAUUUUAUUGAGUAUUUUUGCAUCAAUAUUCAUAAGGGAAAUUUGUCUGAAGUUAUCUUUCAUUGUUGGGUCUCUGUGUGGUUUAGGUGUAAGAAUAAUUGUGACUUCAUAGAAUGAAUUGGAUAGUGUUUCUUUUCUUUCUAUUUUGUAGAAUACCUUGAACAGUAUUGGUAUUUGUGUUCUUUGAAGGUCUGAUAGAAUUCUAUCCUAAACCCUUCUGGGCGUUUUUUGCUUGGGAGACUUUUAAUGACUGCUUCUAUUUCUUUAUGGGUUAUGGGACUGUUUAAAUCAUUUAUCUCAUUCUCAUUUACCUUUGGUACCUGAUAUCUGUCUAGAAAAUCAUCCAUUUCAUCCAGAUUUUCCAGUUUUGUUGAGUAUAUGCUUUUGUAGUAGGAUCUGAUGAUUUUUUAGAUUUCUCCAGUUUCUAUUGUUAUGCCUCCAUUCUCAUUUCUGAUUUUGUUACUUUAGAUACUGUCUCUGUGUCCUCUGGUUAGUCUGGCUAAGGGUUUAUCUAUCUUGUUGAUUUUAUCAAAGAACCAGCUCCUGGUUUUGUUGAUUCUUUGUAUAGUUCUUUUUGAUUCUACUUGGUUGAUUUCAGCCCUGAGUUUGAUUAUUUCCUGCUAUCUACUCCUCCUGAGAGUAUUUGCUUUUUUUUGUUUUGUUGUUGUUGUAGAGCUUUCAGAUGUACUGUCCAGCUGCUAUUAUAUGCUCUCUCCAGUUUCUUUUGGAGGCACUCGGAGAUAAUGAGUUUCCCUAUCAUCAUUGCUUUCAUUGUGUCCCAUAUGUUUGGGUGUGUUGUGCCUUUAUUUUUCAUUAAAUUCUAAAAAGUCUUUAAUUUCUUUCUUUAUUUCUUUCUUGGCCAAGUUAUCGUAUAGUAGAGCAUUGCUCAGCUUCUGUGUGUAUGUGGGCUUUCUGUGCUUUUUGUUUUUAUUAAAGAUCAGCCUUUGUCUGUGGUGAUUGGAUAGGAUACAUGGGAUUAUUUUAUUCUUUUAUCUGUUGAGGCAUGUUUUGUGACCAGUUAUAUGGUUAGUUUUGAAGAAGGUGUCAGGAAGUGCAGAGAAGAAGGUAUAUUCUUUGUCUUAGGAUGAAAUGUUCUAUAGAUAUCUCUCAAAUCCCCUUCAUAACUUCUGUUAGUCUCACUGUGUCUCUGUUUAGUUUCUGUUUCCAUGACCUGUCCACUGCUGUGAGCGGUUUGCUAAAAUCUCCUAGUAAUACUGUGUGAGGCUCAAUGUGUGCUUUGAGCUUCAGUAAUGUUUCUUUUACAAAUGUGGGUGCCCUUGCAUUUGGGGCAUAGAUGUUCAGAAUCAAAAGUUCCUCUUGUUGGAUUUUUUCUUUGAUGAGUAUUGUUGUCUUUCUCCAUCUUUUUUGAUAAAUUUAUUUGAAAGUCUAUUUUAUUGGAUAUUGGAAUGUCUACUCCAGCUUGUUUCUCUAGUGCAUUUGCUUGCAAUUUUUUCCCAGUCUUUUACUUUGAAGUAGUGUUUGUCAUUGUCACUGAAGUAUGUUUUCUGUAUGCAACAAACUGCUUGAUCCUGUAUCCGGUCUUUUCACCUAUGUCUUUUUAUUGGUGAACUGAGUCCAUCAAUGUUGAGAGAUAUUAGGGAUCAAUGAAUAUUGCUUCCUAUUAUUUUUGUUAUUCGAGGUAGAAUUAUGUUUGUGUGUUUCUCUUCUUUUAGGUUUGUUGCGAUAAGAUAAUUUCUUGUUUUUCUUGGGUGUAGUUUCCCUCCUUGUGGUAAAGUCUUUUCCUUCUAUUAGCCUCUGUAGGGCUGGAUUAGUGGAAAGUUAUUGUUUAAAUUUCAUUUUGUCUUGGAAUACCUUGGCUUCUCCAUAUAUGGUAAUUGCAAGUUUUGCUGGCUAUAGUAGCGUGGGCUGGCAUUUUUGUUCUCUUAGGGUCUGUAUGACAUCUGUUCAGGAUCUUCUGGGUUUUAGAGUCUCUGUUGAAAAGUCUGGUGUAAUUCUUAUUUUUCUGCCUUUAUAUGUUACAUGACCAUUUUCCCUUACUGCUUUAAAGAUUCUUUCCUUUCUCUGUACAUUUGGUGUUUUAUUUAUUAUGUGACGGGAUGAAUUUCUUUUCUGGUACUACCUGUUUGAUGUUCUUCAGGCUUCUUGUAUGUGUAUGGGCAUCUCUUUAGUUUAGCAAAUUGUCUUCUAUAAUUCUGUUGAAGAUGUUUGCUGGCUUUUUGAGUUGGGAAUCUUCACUCUCUUCUAUAUGCAUUAUUUUUAGGCUUGGCUUUUUUUUUUUCAUUAUGUCCUGGAUUUCUUGAAUGUUUUGAGAUAGAAGAUUUUUGCUUUUUUUUUUUUUUACUUGACUGUUGUGUAAAUGUCUUCUAUGAUAUCUUUUUUUUUGUUAAACACAUAUGCUAUAUAUUUAUUUUUUACUAAAAUAGGAAAUUAUAUAUAUAUGUACAUAUAUAUAUUUCAUAUUUUCCUUAAAGUUUAUUGUGGAGCCAGGUGUGGUGACUCACAUCUAUAAUCCCAGCAUUCAGGAAGCUGAAGGAAGAGGAUUGCUGUGAGUCUGAGACCAGCCUGAGCUACAGAGAGAGCCUCUGUCUCAAAAGUCACAGUGACAAAAACUCCUGUGGAUAUUCUUGGGCAUCAGUGCAGUAAUGCCACCUUAGGGUUAAGCGACUCGGGGUCUUUUCUAGCCCAUUGUCCAGACUGGCAUCUAUUUCAGCUUUUGCUGGGUGACUCCAUCUUUCCAGGUUGUUUAAUCAUAAAAAGUGUAGCGGUGGCCUGACUCGUCCAUUGACACCUGUGCACCCUCGGGCAAGCCUGUCAGAACGGCUGGAUAGAAGCCAUGCAUGCACGCCUUUGACUCUUUUUUUUUUUUAUUAACUUGAGUAUUUCUUAUAUACCUUUCGAGUGUUAUUCCCUUUCCCGGUUUCCGGGCAAACAUCCCCCUUCCCCCUAUGAUAUCUUUUAUGGCUGAAUUUCUCUCUUCUAUCUCUUGUAUUCUCUUGGUGACGCUUGCAUUUGUGACUCCUGAUCUCUUUCUUAAGCUUUCCAUCUCC